AUGGUGUCUUAUCGUCUUCUUUCAGUUCUGUUUAUUCUAGCUAUUAGAUUCAUCGGAGUCAGAGGAGAAAACCCUGAAGAUGUACCGUGUGAAGAAGAAACAACAACCCGUACUACUGUCCCAUCUACUACUCCAACAACUACACCUACCACCACAACUAUUGUUGCACGUACUACGACCAGACGCCGGUGCGCAAAUAUUCGUGCGCCAGUAACACCUUUCCUAAGAAAGAAUGGAUACUGGUGCUCAAUGAUGUUUACAUUCGGCGCAAACAGUACUAUGAACUAUGACUAUCAAGACGCAGUUACAGAUUGUAAUCUUAAUGGAUUGGUUAUAGGCAGUUUGGAAACGGACGAGGAAAAGACUGCAUAUAUUAAAUUGGUCCAAGAAACGAUCCUCUAUGACCUCACUGCUUUUUGGGUUGGCGCCAGUCUCAACACAACUGAUCAUAAAUACUAUUGGGAUGACGGACUGGCUGUUGAACUUAUGGAUCCCCAACCGACAGUUGUAGACCCCAAUGGUCAUGUUGCUUGGUUUAUUAAUAAGAACUCAAGUGUACCUGGUUAUGGAGAUUACAGAGUUGUUGCAAAAACUGGUUUGGGAAAUCCGAAAGUCAAUGCUAACAUGUGUGGAGCCCCGGGAUUACAGUUUUAA